UUCUUCUGGUUUGUCCAAUCCCAUUAUCUUUUAAUUUAGUGAUGGCAUUGCCAGUGAGGUCAGUGAUAUCAGGUUCCAUCUUCUUAGGGGAUUGCUGCCACGCUCGACUAUACUCCUUCGCUGCCCCCUCUGUCCUAUACAGGAGAACACAAUACAAAGCUUCUACAACAAAAAUGGCGUCAGCUAAUGCCCAAGGCAGACCCAAGACUAUCGAUUCACAUUUGCACAUAUGGGCAUCCCCUCAAGAGGCUGCUGAUAAAUAUCCUUACUUUCCUGGCCAAGAACCUACUUUGCCUGGACACUUGGAUUUCUUGCUCCAGUGUAUGGAAGAAGCAAGUGUAGAAGGUGCACUCAUUGUCCAGCCCAUCAAUCACAAGUUUGAUCAUUCAUUGGUGACCAGUGUCCUAAAGAAACACCCUACCAAAUUUGUUGGUUGCUGCCUUGCAAAUCCUGCAGAAAAUGGAACUGGAGUUAAGCAGCUUGAAGAUCUCAUUUUGAAGGAUGGUUAUCGAGCUGUUCGCUUUAAUCCUUAUCUAUGGCCUUCUGGCCAACAGAUGACAAAUGAAGUUGGAAAGGCAAUGUUUUCUAGGGCAGGAGAGCUUGGAGUACCAGUGGGUUUCAUGUGCAUGAAGGGUCUCAAUCUUCAUAUUUCAGAGAUUACGGAACUAUGCACAGAAUUUCCUUCAACAGCAGUUUUGCUUGAUCAUUUGGCUUUCUGCAAACCACCAUUAAAUGAUGAGGAAAAGCUUGCCUUCUCUGAGCUCUUAAAGCUUUCCAGAUUCCCUCAGGUAUAUGUCAAAUUCAGUGCAUUGUUCAGGGUUUCAAGAAUGUCAUCCCCGUACCUGGAUUUAGUUCCACUUCUAGCUGAAGUUGUCUCAAACUUUGGAGCAAAUCGUGUCAUGUGGGGAAGCGAUUUCCCAUAUGUUGUUCCCGAAAGUGGUUAUAAAGGAGCAAAAGAAGCCGCGUGUCUUAUUGCCAGACAGGCAUCUUUGUCAUCUUCUGAGGUAGAAUGGAUCAUGGGGAAGACAGUAAUGCAACUCUUUCAAGGUCAAUGGCUUCCUUAGGCAGGUUAUGCUCAUCUCUAGUAAUGAGUCCUUUUAUCUUGGCCCAUUACCACUUUUUUUUUUUUUUUUUGGUACUAUUAAUCUAUUAUAUGUUUAGGAUCUGAACUUAAGUCACUGAAGUGAGAGAACACAGUACAAUCCACUAUAUUAACCUACUUUCAAAAGCGUACAUGCUGUUGUAAAAUAAGAGCUUAAUAGCAAAUAAGAGCUAUUGUGAAUACAAUUAUCCUACAAUAGAUUUAAAUUCUUUCCUCAA